UCUUAUUAGCCGGCUCCACGCCAUGGUCGGUGUCAUCAAGGGUCGCGGGGUUUGUCACACAAAAUGAUAGUCAACCUUCAAUACCGCAGCUGCUCGCAAUUACUAGUGUUCACAGCCAAUUUGUCAUCGAAGGAAGCCAGCUAUUUGUCAUCGAACGAACCUCCGGCGCCUGUCAAAAAAUGAGAAACCUUUUCGCUCGGCCUAUAACACCUCGGCCGUGAAGCGCAUUCAAAGCACAGUACCUACCUAGGUAGCUGUAGUCCACUACAUUUCAAGCUGAACUCGAUCCUAGGACCUAGAUCCCCAACCACGAAUUCCCCUACCGACACUUUCUCAUUUGCAGCGCCUCCUUCGCCGCAUACACCAUGGCACCUACUACCAUCCUCGUCACUGGUGGUAAUCGUGGCCUCGGCUUGGGGCUCGUCAAGAAACUUGUCGCCUUGCCAAACCACACCGUGAUCGUCGCGAACAGGGACCCGCGUCACCCAACCUCGCAGGCACUCACCGAACUUCCCAGGGGCGACGGCAGCAAGCUGAUCUUGGCUAAAUAUGACGCGAGUGUCGAGGGAGCUGCCUUUGACGCCGUGAAGCAGAUCCAGGGAGAAGGGAUCACGCACAUCGAUGUCGUCGUCGCAAACGCCGCCAUCGCCAAGCUCUACCCCCUGGUGAAGGAGGCGAAGCGCAGCGACCUCCUGGAACAUUAUCAUGUGAAUGUUCUUGGUCCCGUGGAGCUCUAUCAAGCUACCCGGGACUUACUAGAGAAGUCUCCCGGCAAGCCCAUGUUCACGAUCUUGGGAUCUGCUGCCGGCGCUCUUGGACGGCAACCGCUAGUCCCGAACGCGGUCUAUGGGCCGUCGAAGGCGGCAGUAACCUGGUACGGUGUUAGGCUCAAUGCCGAGGACGAGUGGUUGAACACCUUUGUCAUUGAUCCUGGCUGGGUACAGACCGACAUGGGUAAUGGAGCCGCCAAUCUCUUCGGCAUUGCUGAGGCUCCCACAACGGAGGAAGACUCUGUCAAUGGCAUUUUCAAGCUCGUUACGACGGCAACUAAGGAGAAGUACGGCGGCAAAGUGGUUCUAUAUACGGGCGAAGUCCAAGUGUUCUAGACUGAGGGUAAGGAUAAUGGCCAGCUUAGCAUCGCUCGCCAGGCUUCUUUUGUAUAUAGAUCUGGCAAAACAGGGUUCACAAAAGUGAUUGAAACCCCUUAGCGUUCCCCAACUCGGCACCCCUAACCUCGAAGCCUUGCCAUGAAUGAAUCUCAGGGUGGGUUGUUAUAGCAAGGUUCUCUACAAUGCAUCCAGACACGAAACCCUUUAAGCUGAGUAUAAACAAUCGCCCUGCGCUUUGACUAUCAGUACGAUUCCACAGUUGUCACAGCCUUAAAA